AUGAAUUUCAUCUCCGAUCAAGUUAAAAAAUUCUCCGACUCGAAACCAGAGGAGCCGGUAACCACCAAGCCCGUCGAAGGAACCGAGACAGCCAAUAGACCAGCUUCCUCCGCCGAGCUCAUGGCUAGUGCCAAGGUUGUAGCGGAAGCUGCUCAAGCCGCAGCUCGUAACGAAUCAGACAAACUCGACAAAGGCAAAGUCGCCGGAGCCAGCGCUGAUAUCUUAGACGCUGCCGAGAAAUACGCAAAGAUCGACGGGAAAACCGGCACUGGUCAGUACCUCGACAAGGCCGAGAAGUAUCUCAACGACUACGAGUCCUCACACUCCACCGGCACCGGUGCUCCUCCUCCGGCCGCCGGCGCUCCUCCUCCAACCACCGGUGCUCCUCCUCCAGCGAGUCAGGCUGAGCCGGAGGCUAAGAAACCCGAUGAAGAAUCUGGUGGUGGCUUGGGAGGUUACGCAAAGAUGGCUCAAGGUUUCAUGAAGUGA